ACCAUGUACAAGUACUACACAAAAUCCCCGCAGCCCAAAGACCGAGGAGCAGUUUGUGUUUUGUUUUGUGUUUGCUGUUCAUAGAAGGAAACGCAAAAGAGAGAAUAAUAAUAAUGUCUGGUCCUCAGUGUUGCUCAAACCCACCAACCCUGAACCCAAAUGCUGGAGCUGGCCAUGUUGAACAGCUUGGUGGUCUCAGCACCUACGUCUCUGGCUCUCCCAACUCCAAGCUUGCCAUCCUUCUCAUCACUGACGGUUUUGGAUAUGAGGCUCCAAUUUUGAGGAAGCUUGCAGACAAGGUUGCAGCUUCUGGAUUUUAUGUUGUAGUUCCUGACUUCUUCCAUGGAGAACCCUUUGUGCUUGACAAUGCUAAUAGGCCCAUACAAGUUUGGUCGAAGGAUCAUGGACCGGACAAGGGAUUUGAGGAAGCAAAGCCAGUAAUUGAAGCUUUAAAAAGUAAAGGUGUUUCUGCAGUUGGGGCUGCAGGGUUCUGCUGGGGUGCCAAGGUUGUGGUUGAGCUUGCAAAAACUGAGCUUAUCCAAGCUGCUGUGCUAUUACAUCCUUCACUUGUCACUCUAGAUGAUAUCAAGGGGGUUAAGGUUCCAAUUGCAGUACUAGGAGCUGAAAUUGACCGAAACUCUCCGCCCGCACUCUUGAAACAGUUUGAAGAGGUCUUAGCUGCUAAAUCUGAAGUGGAUGGCUUUGUUAAGAUAUUUCCGAAAGUUGAACAUGGGUGGACAAUCAGGUAUAGUGUUGAAGAUGCGGCAGCUGUGAAGUCUGCUGAGGAGGCUCAUCAAAACCUGUUAGAAUGGUUUGCUAAGUACGUGAAGUGAAAUUGUCAAUUUAGAUACUUUUGUGUUAUGUAUUGGCUUUACAUUAUACAGCUAUACUUUAAUAUGUGGUAUGUAAGAAUUUGGAUGAGUUUAUGAAUAAAUGGUGAAUAAAAGUUGCAUGCUUUAUCUAAAA